AUGGGGUUCUGGAUGGGCCUGGCGAUGGGGGUCGCCGCCGGCGUCGCGCUCAUCGUCGCCUUCGCCCGCUGCGAGAACUCCCGCGGCGCCCGCCGCCGGAAGCUGGCUGCCACGGUUGCCACUUUCUCUAAAAUGACGGUCGAAGAUUCACGCAAGUUACUUCCAGGUACCCUGUACCCAUCCUGGGUUGUUUUCUCUACGCAGCAAAAGUUAAAAUGGCUGAAUGAGGAGCUCAACAAAAUAUGGCCCUUUGUGAAUGAGGCAGCAUCAGAACUCAUCAAAGCCUCCGUUGAGCCUGUUCUUGAACAAUAUAGGCCAGUGGUCUUUGCUGCCCUCACGUUCUCAAAACUCACUCUUGGUACUGUUGCACCGCAGUUUACUGGUAUUUCAAUCAUUGAGAGUAAUGAAGAAGGUAUUGUUAUGGAGCUAGAGAUGAAUUGGGAUGCCAAUCCAAGUAUCAUAUUGGAUGUAAAAACUAGACUUGGGGUGGCAUUACCAAUACAGGUGAAGGACAUCGGCUUCACGGGAGUUUUCCGCUUGAUUUUCAAACCGCUGGUUGAACAACUGCCUUGCUUUGGAGCUGUUUGUUUUUCUCUAAGACAGAAGAAAAAACUGGAUUUCAAACUGAAGGUCAUUGGUGGUGAUAUUUCUGCUAUUCCUGGAAUUUCAGCUGCUCUUGAGGAAACUAUAAAAAAUGCUAUUGAAGACUCAAUAACAUGGCCAGUAAGGAAAGUCAUUCCUAUAGUACCUGGGGACUACAGUGAUCUGGAGCUGAAGCCUGUGGGUACAUUGGAAGUCAAGCUUGUGCAAGCUAGAGAUUUGACAAACAAGGAUCUGAUAGGAAAAUCGGAUCCUUUUGCCACUUUAUAUAUCCGACCAUUGCCAGACAAAACCAAGAGAAGUAAAACAAUUAACAAUGAUCUCAAUCCCAUUUGGAAUGAACACUUUGAGUUUAUUGUUGAAGAUGCUGAUACUCAGAGCGUGACAGUCAAGAUUUAUGAUGAUGAUGGUAUUCAGGAAUCUGAUCUGAUUGGCUGUGCUCAAGUUAGCCUGAAGGAUCUUCAACCUGGCAAAGUGAAGGAUGUCUGGCUGAAGCUUGUAAAAGAUUUGGAGAUUCAAAGAGACAGGAAAGAUCGUGGUCAGGUGCACCUUGAGCUAGUCUAUUAUCCAUAUAACAUGAAGGAUGAGACUCCAAAUCCUUUUAAACAACAUUUUUCGAUGACUUCCUUAGAGAGGACAAUGACAACUAAUGGAAAUGGAUCAGCGAGCAAAGAUUAUGGCAGGUUGUCAUCAAGGAAGAGAAAGGAAAUUAUCCUGCGAGGGGUUCUCCAAGUAACUGUGAUAUCUGGUGAAGAUCUGCCAGCAAUGGAUAUGAAUGGGAAGUCUGACCCAUAUGUUGUAGUUUCUCUCAAGAAAACAAAAACCAAGCACAAGACAAGGGUUGUGAAUGAAAGCUUGAACCCUGUUUGGAAUCAAACUUUUGACUUCGUUGUCGAAGAUGGCUUACAUGACAUGCUCAUGCUGGAAGUUUAUGAUCACGACACUUUCAGUAGAGAUUACAUGGGGCGGUGCAUCCUGACCUUAACUAAGGUUUUGAUCGAAGAGGAUUACACCGACAGCUUCCCGUUGCAGGGAGCAAAGACCGGGAGGCUGAAGUUGCAUCUGAAGUGGUCGCCGCAAUCAAUCAUGCGUGAUUCGGGAGAAGCAGCUUAA